AACAUUGCUGUGUAGAUCAAAAUGGAGGACGAUUUUCUACUCGCGGUCCAGUUACAAUCGGACUAUGACCGUGGAAUUGAACAACCCUUUAAAAGCUACGAUGGUACUAAAGAUGUCUACAGUAAUCGGGGAGAACUUACCGUUGUUGAGAAUGCCAAAUCCAAGGAGAUGUCUGUUGUUGAUCCGACCUGGGAGUUACUGGAUCCAAGUCCUGAUAUCAGGGCUUUGUUCAUGCAGUUCAACGACAAGUUCUUUUGGGGAAAGCUGGUCGGGGUGGAAGUGAAAUGGAGUACGAGGAUGACCCUGUGUGCAGGAGUUUGUAGCUAUGAAGGAAGAGGAGGUUUGUGCUCUAUACGACUCAGUGAACCACUCUUAAAAUUAAGACCAAGAAAAGAUUUGGUGGAAACUCUUCUCCAUGAAAUGAUUCACGCUCUUCUAUUUGUCACUUACAACAAUAAAGAUCAUGACUCUCACGGUCCAGAGUUUUGCAAACACAUGAAACGUAUUAACUGCCUUACUGGUGCCAAUAUUUCGGUUUAUCACAAUUUUCAUGAUGAAGUUGAUGAAUACAGAAAACAUUGGUGGUUGUGUAAUGGACCCUGUCAGGCAAGAAAGCCAUAUUUUGGAUAUGUGAAACGUGCAAUGAACCGAGCACCAUCUGCUCUUGAUCCUUGGUGGUCUGAUCAUCAGCGAACCUGUGGAGGUACAUUUAUAAAGGUUAAGGAGCCUGAAAACUAUGGCCAGAAAGAAGGAAAAAGGCAUGGUUCUUCAAAAUGCAAUUCGUCUGACAAAGGUAAAAAUCAUGGAGUUGACAUACGCACAAUUAUUCCCUUUAGUGGAGUAGGUUAUAAAUUGGUUCAAACCAGUAAGUCGGAUAUGCCUCAUACUAGCAAUACUUCAACAGGAAAUACCAAGAAUUUGCUGCCAAGUUCUUCCAGCACCUUUAUUUUGAACAAUAAAAAGCCUUUACUAAGUCAGGAGAAAUACAUGCAUUCGAAGAGUGGUGUCCCUAUGGUAUCUGUUGCUAACCCGAAAGUAUUCCUUAAUGUGAAUGGGUCACCAAUAAAACUCCCAGUUAAAAGGACUAAAGUUCAUUCUGAAAACACAUCACCUCGUAUUGCUGAUCUUUUUUUAUCCAAUAUGACUGAGAAGAAAAUGUCUAUCAAAACAUCCAAGCGUUCAGCAACUACAUCUAUUACUUCUCAGGGAUUGAACAAUGAAAAUAUAUAUGGACAAUCUACUAAGAGGCCACGAAUGCAAGAUGAAAAAGCUGUUGAGGACUUUCUUUUAACGAGUCCUUGGAGAAAUGCCAAGAAUAAACACAUGCAAAACAUUAACAGCACUGCUGCACCAUCAGAUAUAACUACUGCUAGUUCCAGCCAACAAAGCGUGACGGUCAGCUGUCCUGUCUGUAGGACUGAAGUUCUGGAGUUGAAUGUCAAUGAGCACUUAGACUCUUGUUUAGCUGUCUAUUAACCCCUUAAGGACACAUGACAUGUGUGA